AAUCUCGGCGUCUAAAAACACCGAACACACCUUUAUUGCAGUUUCCUCUUAUGCGAAUCUGUAACAACUAUAAAUAGGAUCGAAGAUCAUUAGAAAGUCAGACACAUAAACAUACAAACACAACAUAUACACUAGAACAAACAACAAACAGAGUUAUAAUGUCUUCUGAAUCUGGCCAAGCCUUUAUUUCUGGGAAACCAAGAACUGUGGUCAAGAAGUUUUUAGCCAGAGCUCAAAGGGAAGGAGAUGGUGCUGUUGUUAGAAGAAGCAUAGGAAGGCCUGAGUUGAAGUAUUUGGAUCCCUUUCUCAUGUUGGAUGAAUUUACUGUGUCUCCUCCUGCUGGAUUUCCUGAUCAUCCCCACAGAGGAUUCGAGACUGUAACAUAUAUGCUGCAGGGAGCUUUCACUCAUCGAGAUUUUAAAGGGCAUAUAGGCACAAUUCGAGCAGGGGAUGUCCAGUGGAUGACAGCGGGAAGAGGGAUAGUUCAUUCGGAAAUGCCUGUAGGAGAAGGAAUUCAAACAGGUCUGCAACUAUGGAUCAAUCUUUCAUCCAAGGACAAAAUGGUCGAACCUAAUUAUCAAGAAAUGCUAAGUGAUGACAUCAAAAGGGCAGAAACUGAUGGCGUUGAAGUGAAAAUCAUAGCAGGAGAAUCAAUGGGAGUUGAGUCACCAGUGUACACGCGAACCCCCACAAUGUUCCUUGAUUUCACCCUACAGUCCAAAGCUCAAGUGAACCAGAAAAUUCCCGAGUCCUGGAACUCAUUUGUGUAUGUGAUUGAAGGAGAAGGCGUUUUCGGGUCAUUGGACUCAUCACCUGUAUCUGCUCACCAUGUUUUGGUGUUAAGUCCUGGUGAUGGUUUGAGUGUAUGGAACAAGUCCUCGAAGGCCCUCAGGUUCGCGCUCAUUGGGGGCGAGCCACUGAAUGAACCAGUGGCUCGAUAUGGUCCUUUUGUGAUGAAUACACAUGAAGAAAUUGAUCAGACUAUUGAAGACUAUCAGCAUUGUAAGAAUGGCUUUGAAAUGGCCAAGUAUUGGAAGUCUCAGCAGUGAAAGAACCAAAAAUGAAGUCCAACACCAUCGUUUUAUGUCACCAUCAACCAAAAACUAAUAAGGGCAUAUUGUAGAUCAAAUAUAUCAGGUUUGUAGAAGCUUGAAGGAAUAGCUAUUGUACUCGACAAAAUCAUGAUGCAAAAUUAUUUAAGAGGGGAUUCUUCUAUUCGUUUUAGUAACUUAUAUUUAUAUUAAAUUUUAUUGUUUUGCUUUUUUA